CCCCAAGUUAUUUACUCGUUAUUCGUGUUUAGCCGGAAUCGAUUAUGCGGCUCUGCACGUAGUCCCCUUGCGGAUCGAUUGCUUUGGUCUGCGUUUACUUUCAAACAGGAAGUAUCCGUUUCCAGCGAACGCAACACGAGACGUUCGCGGCUAAUUCACCUUAAUGACUGAACAAAAUGACAGAAGCCAACAACGGACCCGCCUUUGAUGCCAUUUCUCUUCAUAACUUCUCGGAGAAGAUCUUGGAGCAAGUCAUCCACUUCCAUGUGAUGAAGCUGAGCGGCGGAUUCUUCCUGUGGGUCGGUUCGGCUCCGGUUCUGUCCAACCUAGCGGUGUCGAUGAGCAGCAGAUACGAUUCUACGCCGUUAUCAACACUAGUCAUUGGGGAUCCGUCCAACACGGCUCCCAAUUCCUUGGCACAGAGAUUAGCAAAGAAAACCAAAAAGCAAGUAUUUGUGAGUUACAGUCUCCCAAUGACCGACUCCAACAUCAGUCUUCUGGUGGAGAACAGAAUCAAAAAGGAGCUGGAGCUUCACCCUGAACACUUCUGAUUCCGGCCGAGCUUCCUUUGGGACACGUAGCAGCUGCUUCUACCGUAAUCACACACCAGACCCACACGUCACAUCAAGUGUUCUUUUAUUGACAUAAUAAAUUAAGUGGUUUAUUAUCAAAACAUGGAGGCCUAUGGCUUUUUGUACAAAUGCAUCAUAUUAAAAAAAUAAAACUUAGAAAACAUCA